GAGGGCGCGAGGGAGCGCGGCGCGGCGCGGCCGCCGCGUGCGCGAGCCGGGGUUGCAGCCCAGCAGGGACUUUCCAGCCGGCGGCGGCGGCGGCGGCGGCGGCGGCCGCCGGCCCUUCCCCGCCCCCCGACAUGGGGCUGCCCGGGGAGCAGGACGCUGCGGACCGCGGCGGAGGACGAGCCCGGCGCCCCUGAGCCGGCCGAGCGGGGCGGACCGCGGGAUUUGCCCCAGGGAAGCUGCUUGGCCUCUAUUCUGACUUGGGAUAAUUGAGAAUCCUUUGAUCAGCACACGUGUUUUGAGAGCCUUCUCAGGAGCUGUGCGAGCUCUCAAAGCUGAGCAACAGUCAGGUAAGAGGCUCCACUACGUUCUUUGAAGAAGGGUAAGACUGACGCUGCUUUGCUGCCUUCUCUGUUGACAUCUCUUCCUGCCUGAUCGGGCCUUGGUGUAUCUUCUCACAGCAUAUGACACACGGAACCUCUCCUUCCUGACAUGGAGGCAAGUAAAAAGAUGGAUUCCCCCGGCACACUGCAGACGAACCCGCCGCUGAAGCUGCACCCUGACCGUGGCGCCGGGACGUCCGUGUUUGUCCCCGAGCAAGGAGGUUACAAAGAAAGGUUUGUGAAGACCGUGGAGGACAAGUACAAGUGUGAGAAGUGCCGGCUGGUGCUGUGUAACCCGAAGCAGACGGAGUGCGGACACCGGUUCUGUGAGACCUGCAUGGCCGCCCUGCUGAGCUCCUCCAGCCCCAAAUGUACUGCGUGUCAAGAAGGCAUCAUCAAAGACAAGGUGUUUAAGGAUAAUUGCUGCAAGAGAGAGAUUCUGGCUCUUCAGAUCUACUGCAGGAACGAGGGCGGGGGCUGCACAGAGCAGUUGACCCUGGGACACCUGCUGGUGCAUUUAAAGAACGAUUGCCAGUUUGAAGAGCUCUCGUGUGUCCGUGCUGACUGCAAGGAGAAGGUGUUGAGGAGAGACCUGCGUGACCACGUGGAAAAGGCCUGCAAGUACCGGGAGGCCACGUGCAGCCACUGCCAGAGCCAGGUUCCAAUGAUCACGCUGCAGAAACACGAAGACACAGAGUGUCCCUGUGUGGUGGUGUCCUGCCCGCAUAAGUGCAGUGUCCAGACCCUUCUGCGGAGCGAGUUGAGUGCGCACUUGUCAGAGUGCGUCAAUGCCCCCAGCACCUGUAGUUUUAAGCGCUAUGGCUGCGUGUUUCAGGGGACAAACCAGCAGAUUAAGGCCCACGAGGCCAGCUCUGCAGUGCAGCACGUCAACUUACUCAAAGAGUGGAGUAAUUCUCUGGAGAAAAAGGUUUCCUUGCUACAGAAUGAAAGCGUAGAAAAAAACAAAAGCAUACAAAGUUUACACAAUCAGAUAUGUAGCUUUGAAAUUGAAAUUGAGAGACAAAAGGAAAUGCUUCGAAAUAAUGAAUCCAAAAUACUUCAUUUACAGCGAGUAAUAGACAGCCAGGCGGAGAAGUUGAAAGAGCUUGACAAAGAGAUCCGCCCAUUCCGGCAGAACUGGGAAGAGGCAGACAGCAUGAAGAGCAGCGUGGAGUCCCUCCAGAACCGAGUCACCGAGCUGGAGAGCGUGGACAAAAGCGCUGGGCAGGCAGCUCGGAACACAGGCUUGCUGGAGUCCCAGCUGAGCCGGCACGACCAGAUGCUGAGUGUGCACGACAUCCGCCUGGCCGACAUGGACCUGCGCUUCCAGGUCCUGGAGACCGCCAGCUACAACGGCGUGCUCAUCUGGAAGAUCCGCGACUACAAGCGGCGGAAGCAGGAAGCCGUCAUGGGGAAGACCCUGUCUCUUUACAGCCAGCCCUUCUACACGGGCUAUUUUGGCUAUAAGAUGUGUGCCCGGGUCUACCUGAACGGGGAUGGCAUGGGGAAGGGGACGCAUUUGUCGCUGUUUUUUGUCAUCAUGCGUGGAGAAUACGAUGCCCUGCUUCCUUGGCCCUUCAAGCAGAAAGUGACACUCAUGCUGAUGGAUCAGGGCUCCUCUCGGCGUCACCUGGGGGAUGCGUUCAAGCCGGACCCCAACAGCAGCAGCUUCAAGAAACCCACCGGGGAGAUGAACAUCGCCUCUGGCUGCCCAGUCUUUGUGGCCCAAACUGUGCUAGAAAACGGGACAUAUAUUAAAGAUGAUACCAUUUUUAUUAAAGUCAUAGUGGAUACUUCGGACCUGCCUGACCCUUGACAAGUCACUGGGGAGGUGGGUUGAGCAGAAGGCAACUCCUCUGGGGGUUUGAACCGGCUGUCCCCACUGAGGUCCUCGCGCUCAGAGAAGGACCUUGUGGGACGGAGGGAGCAGCGGAAGGUGGCCGCGGGCCGGCGGGAGGAGCCGCGCGGGAGGACACACCCGACAUGUUUUCUAAUAGACUAGCAACACUCCACUCUGAAGAAUUAUUUAUCCUCCAACGUGAUAAAUACUGCUGUCAGAGAAGGGUUUCAUUUUCAUUUUCAAAGAUCUAGUUAAUUAAGAUGGAAAACAUAUAUGCUAAACAAAAGAACCAUGAUUUUUCUUCCUUAAACUUGAACACCAAAAAAAGAAAACACACGCACACACCUGGGGACAGCUGGACAUGUCAGCAUGUUAAGUAAAAGAAGAAUUUAUGAAAUAAUAAUGCAAUUCUGAUAUAUUCUAAAAUUCAAGAGUGCAAUCUUGUUUCAAAUAUAGUAUACUGUAUUUUUAAGGCCUCAUCUGGUCUCUGUUUUAAUAAUUUGUUUGUCAGAAGACCCUGAAGUACACCUCGGUCUUUUUUGAAAGUCUAAAUUCAGAAUCAUUUUUUAAUUUAAAGUUCUAAGAUAAUUGUUACUGCAGACAUUUUGUUUUAAAACGUUGAUAGACUGAUCUUUCUUGGCAGAAAAUGUAAAAUAUCCAACGCUGGUUAUCACUUGUGAUAGGAAA